UAUUUGGAAUUAAAAAAAUGAAUCCUCAAGUUUUUAUUAAUUUAAAGUAAAAAUGUGUUAUUUAAAAAAAUUUUUUCAGCUGUAGAGUGAAUAUAAACAAUUUAUAGUUGUUAUACUUAUCUGAGGAUAUAGUCAUAUAAUUACGUAUAUUGUUAAGAAACUCAAUAAUUUAAGGAAAAUUAUAUUCUAAAAAUGAGGAGUCGUAGUAAUUCUGGUGUUCGUUUGGACUAUUAUCAAAGAAUUGUUCAACGUCUGAUAAUGGCUCACCAGGAGCCUGUCACAGGGUUGUUUCCAGCAAGUCCUACUAAUCAGCAUGCAUGGAUUCGUGAUAACGUUUACUGUAUUUUAGCUGUAUGGGGCUUAUCAAUGGCCUAUAAGAAAAUAGCUGAUCAAGAUGAAGAUCGAGCUAAAUGCUAUGAAUUGGAGCAAAGUUGUGUUAAAAUGAUGAGGGGCCUUCUUAUGGCCAUGCUAAAUCAAAAGGAAAAAGUUGAAAAAUUUAAGACAACACAAAACCCUUUAGAUUCCUUACAUGCAAAAUUUUCUUGCAAGAAUGGAUUAACUGUAGUUGGAGAUCAUGAAUGGGGUCAUUUACAAAUUGACGCCAUAUCUUUGUAUUUAUUGAUUUUAGCCCAAAUGACGGCAUCAGGACUUCAAAUUAUCUUUACAUUAGAUGAAGUUUCUUUUGUUCAAAACUUAGUGUUUUAUAUAGAAUCAGCUUAUUGUAUUCCCGAUUAUGGUAUAUGGGAGCGAGGAGACAAAACGAACCAUGGAGAACCUGAAUUAAAUGCUAGUUCAAUUGGCAUGGCCAAAGCUGCAUUAGAAGCAAUGAAUGAAUUAGAUUUGUUUGGAGCCCGCGGAGGACCCGCUAGUGUUAUACAUGUUUUAGCUGAUGAGGCACAUAAAUGUCAAGCCGUCUUACAAUCAAUGUUGCCAAGAGAAUCAAACAGUAAGGAAUUAGAUUCUGGUCUUCUCUCGGUUAUUGGUUUCCCAGCCUUUGCUGUUGAUGAUCCGCAUUUGAUUAAAGAUACUAAAGAUGCAAUUGUUAAUCGCCUUGAGGGAAAAUAUGGCUGUAAAAGAUUCCUAAGGGAUGGUUAUCGAACACCGAAAGAAGAUCCAUCAAGAUUAUAUUAUGAACGUUGGGAGUUACGAAUGUUUGAAAAUAUAGAAUGCGAAUGGCCAUUGUUUUUUGCGUAUUUAGUCUUAUUUAAUUUGUUUCAAAAUGAUAAAAAUGCUGUUAAGGAUUACGCGGAUAAGCUUGAGACUAUUCUUGUUCGAGGAGGAGAUAACAUUUCGUUAGUUCCUGAAAGCUAUGCUGUUAAACAUGAUAAUGUUUCUGCUGAAUAUUCUAAACCUGGUUCACAGGAAAGAGAAGUUGUAGGAAGAUGUCCAUUUUUAUGGGGACAAUCUUUAUAUAUUCUAGGAAAAUUACUUCAAGAAGGUUUUCUGGCAGUUGGAGAAUUGGAUCCACUCAAUAGACGUUUAGGAGCGCAAAAAAAACCGGAUGUUGUUGUUCAGGUUGUAAUCAUUGCCGAAGAUAACGAAAUUCGAGAUAAAUUGGCAGAGCAUGAUCUGCAAGUACAAACAAUUGCAGAUGUUGCCCCAAUUGAGGUUCAACCAGCUCGAGUUUUGAGCCAUUUAUAUACGUAUUUAGGUCGAAAUAGAAAAUUGGGCUUAACUGGUAGAAAAUCGCGUGAUGUUGGUAUACUUAGUACAAGUAAAUUAUAUUCUCUAAAAGAUAGAAUUUUUGCAUUCACACCUCAGAAUUUCGACUUUGAAGAGUAUUAUACUACUCGUGAUCCAGAUUUAUUAGCAAGCAAUUUUACAAUGAACAUGGCCUUCCUAACAAAUAAUUGGCGUCACAUGUUAGGACGGCCAACAAUAACCCUAAUGGCAACCCAUUAUCUAUUAGAUGACAAUAAAAUUCCAUUAGCAAUGAUUCAAACAAUGCGUAAACUAAAAUCUGGUUAUAUUAAUGGUACUCGAGUUAUGUUAGGAAAUCUUGGUGAUUUCUUAAAUACAUCUGCUAUUACGGAUUUAAGUUUCUUAGGAAGCCAAGAAGAAGGAUAUCCAGAUCGUUUAAAUUCAGAUGUACAAAAAUACUUAGAUGAACAUUUAUUACGUUCAUUUAGUAAUAAAUCAGCUGUAAAUGUACGAACAUCAGCAUUACGUCCUAGACAAUUGCGACGCCGAAUGUCAUGUAAAGGCGCUAUUAAAAAAACAAGAUCAAUUAAUGUUGAUUCUGAAACAUUGGGUAUGGAAGGUCCUACACCAUUAAUGGAAAGACGUUUAUCAUCAGUUAUCCCACCGCCAUGGUUACAACCUAAACUAACAAUACCAAACACAUUUGCAACUACACCAGAAGAAGAAACCCCAUCAUCUACUGAUGAAGGUGAAACUCUUUCACCAUCUCAUAUUGUGUCAAAUAUUACAAAUAAUGCAAAUAAAACGCAAUUGGAAAUUCCAAAAAUAUUAAUACAACGUCACCGCAUUGAAACUAAUUUUGCUGAUACAGAAGUUGAAGAAUUGAUUGCAAUGUUACGUGAAACCGAAAAUCUUGAAGAACAAGGUGAUAUUUUACAAUAUUUGGUUGAUACACAAGGUCUCGAUUUUAAUACAGCUGGAUUAGGGAUUAGAAAUAAACCUGACUUAGCGUCGACUACAAAUGAUGACGAAAAUGAUGAAAAUACUGAUAAUUCUUCUCAACAAAAUGAAGGAAUGCUCGAAGAAGGUCGUGUUGUAACCGUACGUGCCCUUCUAAAAGGUUUAUAUGAAAAAGCAUGUCAACAAAAAUUAUGGGGUUUAGUACGACACACAGCUGGUAUGUUGGGUAAAAGAGUUGAAGAUUUAGCAAAAGCUGUUACUGAUUUGUUAGUAAGACAAAAACAGGUUACAAUUGGUAUGCCACCGAAUAAUGAAUUUACUAUUACUGCACCAUUACCUGAGGCUGAAUUAAGACAAAUGAUACAUCAUGCGUAUGGUGAUGAUGAGAGUACAGCUAUGUUAACACAAGAAUUAAUGGUAUACCUAGCAAUGUUUAUACGCACAGAACCACAAUUAUUUCAUGAAAUGUUGCGUUUACGAGUUGGUUUAAUUAUACAAGUUAUGGCUAAAGAAUUAUCAAGAACUUUAAAUGUUGAUGGUGAACAAGCAUCAGAACAUUUAUUAAAUUUGUCACCAUUUGAAAUGAAAAAUCUUUUGUAUCAUAUAUUGAGUGGAAAAGAGUUUCAAAUUAGCAGUGUUGCACGUGGUAAUCUUUCUAUCAUCAGUUGUAAAUCAAGUCGCGUAAGUAAGAAGAGUCAAAUUGGACUCAAUGAAAUUGAUAUUAAUGAAGAAAUUGGUACUGUUGAUGAAAGACAAGGUCAAUGGUUACGUCGUCGUCGAUUGGAUGGUGCUUUGAAUCGUGUCCCUAGAGAUUUUUACUCAAGAGUUUGGACUGUUCUCGAAAGGUGUCAAGGUUUAAAAAUUGAAGGUCGUAUAUUACCGCAAAGUUUAACUCAAGAAAUGACACCUGGUGAAUUAAAGUUUGCUUUGGAAGUUGAAACAGCAUUAAAUCAAAUUCCGCAACCAGAAUAUAGGCAAUUAGUAGUGGAGGCUUUAAUGGUUUUGACAUUAGUUACAGAACAUAACAUGGUACCUUCGCUUGGAGGAAUAAUAUGUGUUGAGCAUUUAGUUCAUAGAGCUAAUCAGUUAUUCCUUGAAGAUCAACGUAAAUGUAAUGGUGACGCUAAAUUAUGUUGUGCAAAAAAUGAUGGUAAAGACACUACAUCAUCUGGAAUGCUUUUAUGUGGAGGAGCUGCUUAUAUUUGUCAACAUCUUUACGAUAGUGCUCCAAGUGGCAGCUAUGGAACAAUGACUUAUAUGGCUCGCGCUGUUGCUCUCGUGUUAGAUUGUGUUCCUAAACAUGGUGAAAUGGAUUGCACAAUUUGUUAAAAUAUAUAUUCUUUUAGCGAACAAAAUAUAUUUUUGUAAAUUUUUAUGCUCAUUAUUGUUGUUAGAAGAUGCUUUAGCCAAAAAUUUUUAAAAAUUUUGUUUUGAAAAUAUGUAUAUAUUUUAUUUAAAUAUACAAACUCAAAGUUACUAAA